AUUCAGUGCCUUUCUGAUUUUAACACUACACAUUAUUCUCAUUCACUUUCUAUUACAAGAUUGUUUGUUGCCAAAGAUAGAUAAUACUAAAAGCUUUGAACCAACAUUUGUUUUGGCCCUCCCUACAGGUUUAGUCUACAUGGAGCCACAGCCUCUUCAAACCAACACUAAUGCAACUACUAGGGUCCCAAAUUCCUCUGCUCUAGGUAUAAUCCGUAGACUUACCUGGACAUUCGUUUUACUUUUUCUUCUUUUAACUGUUAUCAUCUCAAUAGCUUGGAAUGUCAUGGACCCUCAUAAACCUCGUUUUCGAGUCAGCACAAUCUCUGUAUCCAAUUUCAGCGUCUCUAAUUCAGAGCUCAAAGGUGUGUUUGAGGUUGAAUUAAACAUAACAAAUCCAAACAAAAAGGUAGAAAUAACGGUUGACCAAUUCUCUGUCUGGGUGUCUUAUAGCACCGUGGGACUCUCAGAGGCCAUUUUGCUGCAACCCAUUUACUUGAAGAAGACCGGUGACAAGGGUGUAAAGAUUAAGUUUAGCUUAAAGAACUCUUCCAUCACCAAAUUAGCUCAUAAUAAAGUGUUGUGUAAUGAUCUGGUUAAGGAUUGGAACAAAGGGGUAGUGAACUUUGACGUGAACAUGAUGGCUAGAGUUGUCUAUGAAGCUGGAAUAUUGCCAAGUAGGGAAAAAUUCUUGGACAUAUAUUGUGGUAAUCUUGAUGUUGGAUUUAUUCCUAUAAAGAACACCGGUAAGCUCCUAGGUGUUGGGAAGGACUGUCACGCUGAAAUUUAGGUGGAGGAGGACAAAAAGAAGAAAUGGAAACAUAUGAUGAUUAUGGUGCUUUUGUUGUUCUUUUUGGUGCUUUUGUUGUUUGUUGAUGAUGUAUUGAUAAGAUAUAAACUUUAUUAGAUUUGCAUGUU